CGUAAACAAACGAACUUUAUAAGUUGGAUAUGUAAAUGCAUAGUCGUGGGGCGGCAUGUAUGUAAAUGUCCCCAUCUUUAUAAAUUCAACUUUUAAUAUGCAAGUAUUUGUCUCUUUUUCAUUGAGUUUGUUCUUUCUUGAACCAUUUCCCCUUCAAUUAAAUAUAGAGAUUAUUGCUAAGCCUGCCAAGAGGCCAUCUCCCCCAACAAAAACAAGCAAGUCAUCUAAGAAUAAAACAAAAAUCAAUUGGAAUAAGUCUCCUCACAUUUUCUUUUGGUCUCCUUCUUUAUCUCUCGCCUCCAUAUGAUCUAAUUCCACAUAGAUCAGAGUUUCUCCAUGGCCAUGGAUUCAAGCAAGCUCUUCAACAUCAUCUCAAUCCUGAGAGAAGCCAUUUCCAUCCCCUCCCGGAGCAAAAAGCUCAUGCUCUCUUCCGUGCUUCUUUGCCUCCUUCCAAACUUCCUUCUCUUGAUGAUCAAUUACAUCUCUAUCUACCCCCUGCUCCUCAACUUCCUCAUGAAACUCUAUCUCAUCACGAAAGAGGAUCCCACCACACCGCAGUUUUUCGAUGCGAUCAUCGGGCUAAGGAGCGAUGCAGAAGGCUUUGUUCGAGUCCACAUAUUAUUCACCAUACUCUCUUACAUCAUUACAACCAUCUCCAUGAUGAUGAUCGUUCAUUCAUCUUUGCUAGUUUAUUCUGGAAAACAAUCGACUCUUAACGACGUGUUCAUGAGAUUAAAGUCUACAUGGAUUUAUGUGUUUAUCACUUGCAUCUACUUCUCUGUGCUGUACACAGGCUACGCAGUUCUUUCAGUGUGUUUGAUCACCGUCCCAAUGCUCAGUGCAAAUGGUUCGACAAUUUCUAUUUUGAUUGGCGGACUGUUCGCAAUGUCGGGCAGACUGUUGUCAGUGUAUCUGACAAUGGUUUGGACAGUGGGAGUAGUGGUUUCAGUGGCGGAAGAGGGUUGUUUUGGUUUGGAGGCGAUGUGGAGAGGAGGGGAGAUUGUCAAGGGGAGAAGGCUCGAGGGUUUUCUCAUUGCCUUGAUGUUGUUGUUGGCCGAUGGAGUUUUUACAGGAGGAUAUGGCUUUGUUGGGGCGAAAAAUGCUACUGGAUUUUUGCUAGCGAAUAUUUUGGUGCUCAUGAAGCUGUUUUCUUAUAUGGUUUAUAGUGUUUUUUACUUUGAGUGUAAGAAGGAAGUUAGAGUUGUUGGUAGUAAUGUAGAGAUAUUGCCUUAA